GGUGUAGACAAUCAUUUUACGUCCCAUUCUUGUUCGCCCGCGCGACGACGACGACGAAUCCUUCCUUUAUCCUUCCCCAUCUUCAAGCAUGCGUGAAAUUGUUCAUCUCCAAACCGGCCAGUGUGGUAACCAAAUUGGUGCCAAGUUCUGGGAAGUCGUCUCUGAUGAGCAUGGAAUCGAACGGGACGGUCUUUACAAAGGCAACAACGAUCUCCAACUCGAACGUAUUUCCGUGUACUACACGGAGACUGGCUCCAACAAAUACGUUCCCCGUGCUGUUCUAAUCGACCUAGAGCCUGGUACUAUGGACUCUGUCCGCUCCGGACCAUUGGGUGGUCUUUUCCGUCCAGAUAACUUUGUCUUCGGACAAAGUGGUGCCGGUAACAACUGGGCCAAAGGGCAUUACACUGAAGGGGCGGAGCUGGUGGACUCCGUACUUGACGUCGUGCGUAAGGAGGCUGAGAACACAGAUUGCUUGCAAGGUUUCCAAAUCACACACUCUCUUGGUGGUGGUACCGGUGCUGGUAUGGGAACUCUUUUGAUCUCGAAGAUUCGUGAGGAGUACCCCGACAGAAUGAUGUGCACGUACUCUGUCGUGCCCUCGCCCAAGGUCUCUGACACUGUCGUUGAGCCAUACAAUGCCACCCUCUCCGUUCAUCAACUCGUCGAGAACUCUGACGAGACGUUCUGCAUUGAUAAUGAAGCUUUGUAUGACAUCUGUUUCCGAACCCUCAAACUGUCCACCCCUACCUAUGGUGACUUGAACCACUUGGUCUCGAUAGUUAUGUCUGGCAUUACGACCUGUCUUCGAUUCCCUGGUCAACUCAACUCUGACUUGAGAAAGUUGGCUGUCAAUCUCGUUCCUUUCCCCCGUCUCCACUUCUUCAUGACCGGUUUCGCUCCUCUCACGGCCCGUGGCAGUGCGCAGUACCGUUCUGUCAGUGUUUCAGAGCUGACACAACAAAUGUUCGACGCGAAGAACAUGAUGGCUGCCUCCGAUCCCAGACACGGUCGUUACCUCACUGUUGCGGCUGUCUUCCGAGGAAAGGUAUCCAUGAAGGAGGUCGAGGAACAGAUGCAAAACGUUCAGAACAAGAACUCGGCCUACUUCGUAGAGUGGAUUCCUAACAACGUCUUGACUGCUCAGUGUGACAUCCCUCCUCGGGGGAUCAAGAUGGCCGUCACUUUCCUCGGUAACUCGACAGCCAUCCAAGAACUCUUCAAACGUGUCAGUGAUCAAUUCACUGCCAUGUUCAAGCGAAAAGCGUUCUUGCAUUGGUACACUCAAGAGGGUAUGGAUGAGAUGGAGUUCACCGAAGCCGAGUCCAAUAUGCAAGAUCUGGUGGCGGAGUAUCAGCAAUACCAGGACGCGACUGCUGAGGAGGAAGGGGAGUACGAGGAGGAAGUCCCUCCUGAAGAGGAAUCGUAAAGGUCUUUCAAGGAUGUCUUUUAAAAACUUGAUUCCCCUCAUAUAUACCUACUCAUGAGUGGUCCACUCGUCUUUCUUCGACGUCUUCUGCUUUGGUCUCUUUUAGCAUUCUACAUUAUCAUCGUUUUCAUUGUACCCCUUCAUGAAUCUUACAGUUGUCACGUUUUUUGUGGAUUUAAGCCCUAAACAUUGGUGGUCAAUCCAAUACAUCAUCUUUUCCGGUGCA